AUGUCGACCUUUAAAGUCAUUCACAAAACCACUGCUCGUCGUUUCACUCUGGCUCCUAAUUCCACAUUUUCGAAUCUAGGAUCUCAAUUGCGAAAUCUUUUUCAUAUUCCACCUUCUAUUCCGAUUACAAUUUCUUAUACUGAUGAAGAUGGAGAUGCGAUUACUGUGUCUACUGAUUUGGAACUUCAAGAAAUUAUUUCUCAGCAAUCGACCAAUCGCCCCAUUAAACUUCUUUUAAAUAUUCCUACCGAGUACACUCGAGAAUUUGAGCCCUUUACUGUUGAUAAAGAUAUCGAAGAAAUUUCGAAGUCUCAACAAAAACCCGAAUCGAGACCUUCUUAUACUUACAAACACGUAGAAUGUGUCGAUGAAGAAGCUGAGGAACCAUUGUAUGAAUCCUAUAGAAACAGUAAAGAAUCUGGAAAACAGAAAUCUUCUGAGACUACGGAAUCCAGAGUCAACGAAAAGGAAGUUAAAGAGGAAGAAAACAAUGAAGAAAACAAUGAUAAACCACAUGUCAUUUUUAUAAAAUUCAUCCGUCCCCAAAGAUGUUCGAAUUAUAGAAAUUGGGAAUUUGAAGGUCAUUUUGAUUACUUCUCCAGAUUCGACAAAUCUUAUUGUGCUGACCCAGCAAACAGUUGUGGUCCACGUGUUGAACGCCAGGGAUUCCGUAGUUGUCAUCAAUAUAAUCAACUUACCUUCGAACAAUUGGCUGAAAAUAUUAAGACCUUAAACUCCAUGGGAUUUGUAUCUGAUAAUGCUAGAUACGAAGCUUUGUUGAAGAAAUAUAGUCGUCUUGAAAGAGUUGUAGAGAUUUUAGUCAGAGAGCAAGAGGAAAGUGAUAGAGCCACAAGUUCUAAAUCCGAAAAGCAAAGUAAUUUUGAGCGCGAACAAGAGACUUCGCAGUCUUUUGUUCCUGUCAUGGACGCUGACCUGGAGAAUCACCCUUACAGCUUAUAA